CAGCGCCCGACGCGCCCGGGACCGCAACAAGUGAGCCAAAACUUGCCUGAGAGUUCACCACACAGAAGCACACCAGAGUCCCAGGAAGUCUCUUAAAAAGAAAGGAGUGUUGUUGGAGCAAGGAUUGGAAACUGCUAGAAGGAAAAUGAUGAAAAUGUUACCUUUUUUCCAAAGUGGUCCUAUUGGAAUGCGCAAUGGAUCAGAGGGUUGCCACAGGCAGCUUGAAAACUCUUCAACAUCAGUAGCUGAGCAAGUCUCUGCUUGUGCUGAACCUUCUGGAUACGAGAUCUGGUCCAGGGACCAGGAGAAGAUGAGUGAAAAACCAGAAGCAGCCUGCAGAGCCUCACGUGCCUCUUCCAUCACGAGCAACGGGAGUUGUACUUCUGCUGGAGACAGCCCUGAAAAGGGCAAGAAAGGAAUAAAGGGGAUUUUUACCAAUGCACUUAAGAAGAUGAAAAAGGCCAAGCCACUCAGUGUCAAACAAGUCCUGGAGCUCCUCGAAGAGCAAAAGCUUUGCGACGCCGCUCAGCAUCUGAUUGUCCUGGAGAAGAGCCUGUGCAGCAAAAGCGAGGAGGGGCUGAACACCAGCCAGCAAGAUGUCGAGUCUGUCUAUGAAGUCCUGAAGCACAAAGUCUUCAGCAUCUUGAAAGACUCCAUAGCGCUCGCGAGAACAAACCCAGAACUGCUGCAGCAGGCAGUGGAGGCACUGAAAGAGCAGGAGAGAGAAGAUCAGAACUACACAUCAGAGAAUGCACCUGACCAAAACAUGCAGUUUAGACCUAGGAAAUGGAAGGAGCUUUGGAUGGCUACAGUGAAGGAGUCGGUAGAGACUCGAAUGGGAGACACAAGCCGUACUCCUAGAACUGAGAACCUCUCUCCAGUUGGCCAGAACCUCCUGCACAUGGGAAAGACAAUGAAGGAAGAUCUGACAGUAGUUGUAAAGUACAUUAAACAGCUUUAUCCUCCUGAUUUUAACGUGUUCAGCACAUAUGCAGACCUCUACCACAAUUAUUUUGCCUCCCAGGCAAAGCAAAGUGCCGAGUGUCAUCUGGAAGACAAGGACGUUUACCUUCUCCUCUCCUGGGUGCACAACCUUUAUCCAAAAGAUAUGAGAAAAGAUCAACUUCUAGCCGAGGAGUUGGAAAAAGUUAAGCUUGGAAGCCUUUUGCCAUCAAGUCUGAGCAAAGAGCUUGAAAAGAAAUACCUUGAGAGUGAAGAGGCUACCGUCAAAAAUUCACUCAGCAAAUGUUUAGAUAAAGAAAUUCAAAGAUGGAAAGAAGACAAAGAACCAGAGAAGCUAAAUGGGCAUUUUCAGAGUGAACUGCUAGCAAUAUUUGUUAUCCAGAGUGUGUACAGCGGGCAGAAGCGAGCUGAGGACAUCAGCGUGGCAGUGGGCCAGGAGCUGGCGCGGCGCCUGUGGAAGGAGCUGCCCGCCUUCCUGAGAAGCUACAAGGAUGCUUUUGAAGACUUUAAGGAGAGAUGCAAGAAGCACAGACACUACAAGCCCAUCCUGAUUGCAAAUAUUAACAACUGCUGGAACUUCAGAGACUAUGCAGAGAAGAACAUGUCAGAAAAGGAUGAGAACAAAGCCAGUAUCCUCAGCACUCUCAGUGACAUUGAGAACAGCGGCUUUGACGUGCUGCUUCAACAGCUCUUUGCUCAGCUAAAGCCAAUUUAUAAGAAGUUCACAGAGCACAAGUGGGACUCCAGCAAUGAAAUUAUGAAUGAGAUCAUUAAAACCACCAGCAAACAUGUUUCAGACUUCCGGACCCUCAAGGAGCCUUUUUACCACGCUAUCAUUGAGAAGAUCCACGCCCGUUUGGUUAAAGACUACAUCGUGAGGCUGCUGAAGAGGAAAGUCAGCCUAAAGACUCCAGCACAACAGCAAAACCUGGCUCAGCACAUCUCCAAGAACGCUGCUGACCUGGAAGCCUUCUGCACCAGCAAUGGAUCUCAAGCCACGUGGCUGAAUUCUGCACUCCCCAAGCUGGCUGAAAUAAUCCGACUUCAGGAUUUGGGUGCUAUCAAAAUUGAAGUUGCAACACUUGCCACGAAAUACCCAGAUAUCCGCAAAAGGCACCUGGAAGCAUUCCUGUACAUCAAAGCCAACCUGUCACGCAGUGAACUCAAAAGCAUCCUGGGUUAUCUGGCAGACAGCACGGCGUCCACGGCGCCCGGAGCCCCGCUCUUCUCCAACAUAAACGUGUCCUAGGCCAAGGCACCCCGUGGCACCUCCUUGUGCUGGACUGUUGGCCAAGCCAGGGAUGGAGACAGCCCCUGGAGAUGCACAGCACACACUGCUGCCUUCUCCUGAGGGAGCUGUUUUGUCCUGACCUGGUGCUCAGCACCUCCUGGGGAACCGCCGUCCUCUGAGCGGGGCUGGAGGAGGAGCAGUGGCCACAAGGACCAGGGCUGCUCCUCACACCGGUCCUGGCUUCCCUGGAAGGUCUCCUUGGGGCCACCAUGUUCUCUGCCUGGACACUGCCCUGUUGCUCCGACCUCCAUCUACCUCACAGGGUGCCGUGACGGCCACCUCGCUGCCUCCCUGACUAGCCCAGGCCCAGCUUUGCCUUCGAAGGAAACAGAGGGAAACAAAAGCCAGCCUUUAGACUUUAGAGAUGUUGUACAAGUCCCACAUGAGCAUCUUGCACCCCAUCUGCCUGCCCCCGAGCCAGGCUGCGUCAGGCUGACGGGAGAGGCGCCAGGUUUCGGGCCAGGAGGAGCUGGGACUCCUGCUGUACUGCAGCACCUGAGGCUUGGGGUGGCCCUGGCUGCACGCUCUGCCACGUGCAGCAGUGUGCAUGGGGUGUGAGGCUUCUCACCCUGUGUGGCCCCACAGCAGCCAGGGCAGCGUGUGCUUCCUUCACCUCUGUGAGGUGGGAGCAUCCGACCCCUCUGGCAUCUGCACAGCGGCCACAUCUGCACUGGUGUGGCGCUCAGCUGGCGAGCCAUCACGUGGGCUAAGCCCUGGCAUCUGCUAAAGCACUUUGAACAUUCCUUAAGCCUUCCUUCUGGAGCAGAGGACUUUUCCAGACCCUGCUGGCAUCACAGGCUUUGAAUGGGCGGUGGAAGCGGUCUCAAAUGCCAUUGAAACAAGCUGAGCACCCUGUGUGCGUCACCCUUCCCUUGCUCCCUGCGGCCCCUCGUGCUCUGAGGUAGAUACGAUGUGGAAACACACAUGGGUCUGUUGUGAAACUGUGUUUUGCUUUUUACAGCCCAGUCCUUGCCAGAACAGCAAUGUGUUCAGUUGAGACCUUUCCCUUCUGUUUGACUCUCUUUGCACUCCUGUCCCAGGCUGUGGAACGUCGGUGCAGUGACUGUGCAGCCCAUGUAAUGUAUUGAUAUGCAUAUGCAGUGUACCAUUGGGGUAUUUUUUGCAUCCAAGUGUAUUUUUUUUCCUCAGAGAUAUUCAUUUGCAAUGUUUCUAUUUAAACAGUAUCCAGAUCUGCUAGAAAAGUGACUCAUUUAUUCUGUCUCUGGCUGUUGUUUACUGUGUUGCCACGUGUAGUCCUAGGUACUCCCUCAAAGGGAUGGUUUCUCCCCUUCUCCCAAGCUGCUUUGGUGAAUGCCACCCACCAGUUCCAGAUAGGGAGGGUCUUGCUGGACCACUGACAAGUUGGAAAAGCAGAGUGUGUGUCCCAUAGCCCUUCUUUCCUUGCUUUCUGAGCAAGACCUGCCAUGUGCACUGUGCUUAUGGUAUCUGGUGUAACAAGAUCCAAACCAUCAGCCUCUAAGCACUGCUGCAGUCCUAAUGUUGAACAAUAAAGAUAUCU